AAGCAACACAAUAGAAUUUUUUUAAAAAAACAAUAAACCGAAAUGUCCAAAAUUUCAAAAUCACAGGUUGAAAUGCGAAUCUUGUCCUAAAAUGUAUAUGGGACAAACAGGUAGAUCCUUCCAGAAACGCAUUAACGAACAUAAAAGAGCGUUUUAAAAAGAUUCUAAUUAUACUACACACUUAAACACAGAAACGACGACAAUUUUGUUAUUUUACAUACAGCCACAAAAAGUAGAAAAUUAAAUUUAUUGGAAACCAUGGAGAUUAACAAAAUGAGACGUAUUGCUUAACGAUCAAUUAGAUUUAAAUAUCUCCCCAUUAUUAAACUUAAAUUCUCACAACAUUAAUUAAGGUUUUAUUGUCAUUUUUCGGUAUAUAUAGUAACAGGUAGUUUGUAAACAUUACAUCUGAUAACGACACGGGGUUGUCAAAACAAUUGUCAUGUGAAAAUAUAUAAUUUCGUGAAAAUCUGAACUUUUAGUUCUUAUUUAUUAUGUUAAAUGGAUUUUCAUCAAGUAAAUGCCACCUCAGUUCAAAAUUGCUACUGUUGUUUUAAGUCGAUAAGCGUUAUCGUUUUGCCACGAAUACAACGCAUUUUUAAUUUACAGAAAGGUGAUACUGGAUAUCGCGACAUGCGUUUCUGUUACGGAAAAGCAAGUGGAAAUGCAGGCCGGCAUUAUUAACCUGCAGGCGACGUGAACUAAAUUUUUCAAAACAGUAUACUACAAAUUAAAAACAUGUUUAAUUUGAAUGACACAAAUAUAUUUAACAUUUUCAAAAAUAAAAAAUUAUUUAUGGUAAUCGGAAAUUAAAUAGCAUGCAACGCUAAUUACAAUUCAAUUUCAAACUACCCACCGUUCAUUUGUAAACAUUUUCUUAUACAUUUUAAAAAAUGCUGCCGAACACGAAAAAAUACGCCUAACCAAUUUUUAGUGGUUUAGCAACCAUUUAUUAUUUUUUGGCGUAGAUCAUUGAUAUCUGUUUUAGGUGUUUCACACACUACCCAGAUAGCACACAAUAUCCGCAAUGUCCCAUAUAAUAAGGAUAUACUGUAAAAUAUAUCCCACGGAUAUCCUCUGAAUGGAUAGCUUGCGGAUAUACCCUUUGGCCAUAAUGGGACCAUUAGAACAGAAAUAAGGGAAAAAAGUGAAAAACCGUAAAACAAAAUGAAACCUAAGCAGUUAAAUUUUGAACAACUAAGAAGGAAAAUACUUAGUUUUUUUACAUGAGAAAUUUCCCUACGCGAAAUAUCAGACACUUAUUUAAUAACACCCUGUAUGUUUCAAAACACUCGCAUAUGUUUGCAUUAAAUUUUGGGUUUCGCUAGAUUGAACGAUUUAUCACAUACGGGGUUAGUUUUAAAUCUAAAUUGCAAUAUUUACUUGCAAAUAAAAACCCCCUAUCGACUCUAGAUUCAUUCCGUAAAUGAUAUGAGGUCAUUUCAAUAACAAACAUCAUGCAUUAUUUUAGGGUCCGUCGUUAAUUUGUAGCGCUUGUGCAAAAGUCGUUGGGAAACCCAUCGUUUCUGCUUUUGGGCGAAAGACCUUGGUUUACGUGUAAAGAUUAUCAGGGCAUGUGUUUACACAGUUAUCUUCUAUGGCAGGACGUAAUUAACAUGCGCUGCCAUUGCGUGCCUAAUCCUUGUCCGCGUAGAAAUAAAAACCGAUGUCAAAGUACGGCGGUUGGUGAAAAUAUUUCAUAAUUUAACGUUAAAUAGUAACAAAGAAAAUCCACAUCACCCGGUGACAGGUGUAGAAGUAGAAGAGAAGUGGUCCGUGUUGUACAACCUAAAAGAAGAUUAUUCGUGCGCAAGACCUGUCACGAUAGCGGGAACAAUUUGAUUUCUAAAAUUGCUUAAAAUAUCGCUUAUGUUCUAAGAAUAAAUUAUUUAUUCAUUCGUAUAGUACCACAUAUUUAACAUAAAAUGUCGCAGCGUCAUAUUGAAAAUAUUUAAAACUCUACACAGUUGGUGUCAGGAAGAAGAAUGUCUAUAUUUUUAAAAAGCUAAUACUGCCAAACAAGUGAAAAUGAAUGCUAAUCGAAAAGUACGUACCAAGCCAAGGUUGGGACGAAAAACGCAAUAUCGAAAAGUGCCGGACGGAAGAAAUGACCGGAUGUCAGGAAAAAGGCUGACUCUUCGGCCAGGAUUUCUCAUGAGCGGAAUUGCAUCCAAAACAGUAAAAAGGGAUACGAAGGAGGUAGCUGAUAAAUAUCAGGAACAUGUGUUGAGAGAGGACCUGCAUAGCCUCUUUCAACACAAUACGAAAAAAUUGAGACGUUCGGAGAGAAUACUAGAAAAAGGUGGUAAGAAAGAGUUUGUAUACGGUGAUAUAUUUGCAAAUAAAUCUGAUUCAAUGGGGCAAAUCAGUAACGAACGCGACAGCAGUAAUCAUUUCAAAUAUUCAAAGUGUUCCAGUCAAUUUCAAGGUUCCGAAAUUAACUUAGUGCCUGAAAAUAAGUCGAAAAGUGUGUUUAGUGAGAUUAACCGAAGAUACGAGGAAAUUCAGGUAGCAGAACGGGGAGUAGGGAACAAAUAUUCGCCAGAGAAAACGAGCUUCUGCGGAUUUGUAAAUUCGUCGCCGUACCCUCUCGCAAAUCGUUCGUUUUGCGAAGAUUUCUUACAGCAAAUCCGCGUCCGACUGGCGUCCUCUCGUAAUGUGAAAAGUCAGUGUGUGGGCAACAUUUUCAGGGAGAUCGAAAGCGUAAAUUUAGCGCUCCAAGGUAAGCAACAAGUGCCUGAUAUGUACUCCAGGGUCGAAAGGCCGCCGGUCACUUCUAACGAUGAAGAGGUGACACAAAAUUUCGGGCGAAUCCCCCGAAGGCAGUGGAUCUUCUCUACGCCGCCCAAUAGGAAGCCCGAAUCGCCGAAAAAUCAGUCCGGUCACCUUCAGCCAGCUGUCGUAUUUGGUAGUCGGGGCGAUCGGUACAAUAUUUACGAGAUAAACCCUGCUUUCAACAUGAGCCUAAUAACCCCAAACAUGCAGUUCGACGAAGGACUUUUGAAAAAUGGAAAUAUGUUUCCAAAUUCUCCUAUAAAUUUUAAACUCGCCGGAGGAUGUUUUCAACCCGUCCUGCCAGAAGGCAAGCUGAAGAACAACUCGAAACAUUUCAGCCUCCUGUCUCGGCCCAUGGUAGGGCUAGAGAAACCGUUUCCCAUGUGCAAUCGGGAUUCUCCUAACGAACGGCAGGAUUUUACCUUUGUCGAAGACGGUGAUGGUUACAAAAUUCAAGAGACUCAGGGUUCCGUCGAAAAUCAGUUCGGUAAUUUCGACACUGGACGUUACGAUAAUUUGUUCGACUUUAGUAACAUGAACACCAAAAAGUGACGUCAGCCUGUUGGACCUAAUAAAGUUUAUUUUUUUUUAGUGAUUUUUCUUGUUGUAAGGGUUAAAAACCAUAAAUUUAUUAAAUAGUUCAGUUCA